AUGAUGUUCGAUCCGCCCGACUUCCCGUACAGGGAGCUAUCGGAAACUUUAACAGAUCAUUAUGGCGCAGAAGAUCUCUUUAGUAACGACAUAUCGAACAACGACUCGGUAAUGAGCGCCGGCGAAAUGCCCGAGAAUGUAACAGACCAGAUAGUUGCUGGCAUUGAUAAUCAAUUAUCGCUUCAUUCUAACAACUCCGGACGACAUUUCAACGUUGAGAAUGCAUCUUUUACGGACCUCACAGCAGCAAAUUUAGAACGAAAUACUGAACUUUAUGUUGUUCAGCCAGACCUGCUCAACUUAGAGCCGACGUUAUUGGAUGAUAACAUUGUUAAUCAAUUUUUGUUACCACUAAAUAUGUCAGCAGGAAACAAUAAGGAUGUGGAGAGCACUGGACCAGAUUUAUUGGCUCUACACUCAUGUGCUGUAUGUCAUGAAAUAUUUACUAUGGAAGCUGAUCUUCUCGAUCAUACGAUAUCUUUACAUGCUUCAGAUAAUAACGUGAAUCGAAACCAAAACAAUUUACCUGAUAAUAAUGAAAUGUUGCUUGAAACGAGUAGUGGAAAUCAAAAUUUUGAUAUGGACUGGUUAGUGUGCUGUAUAUGCGAGCGAGUGCUGUCUACAGCUUUGGAGGCAGAACCAAACGAACAGUUAUGUUGCAACGAUAGUAGUGGUAAACAUAAUAUUUCGUCACGAAAACUGAGCGCCAUGUACGUCUGCGACUACUGCAGUUACUUGUUCGCUGACGGGGAGGCUCUGGACCGACACCGGCUCACCUGCUGUUUACAAAAUGGACCAAGUUACGUCUCAUCAGCGGGUCGAAUCAAUACGGAAAUAUCUUCUUCAGAUUUCCCCGAACUAUUAGAGUCUUGUAAUAAUCAUGAAGGACGAAUUCUGUCAAUCGAGGAGCAAGUUGUAAGUCAAAAACCUCUGCAAACACGACAAAUCCGGCGAGCGUACUCCAAAUCUAGCAGCAACAAGAUGUGGAACUGUGGUUCCUGUAACCAACUAUUUACUACGGCCAGAGAGUUGUAUCGUCACAAGCGUGGAGAAGACAGGCCUGCAGGUGCACCUUUAAUGGCGUACGUGUGCGACGAAUGUGACAAGGUGUUGGGAAGUAUGUGCGCGCUGCACACACACAAGAAAAUGCACAAAGUCUCCAAACCCGGCUACCCGUGUAGGGUGUGCGGGCGUCGCUUUAACCAGUCUGGUCACCUGGCUAUACACAUGAGGAUGCACACCGGAGAGCGCCCCUACCCCUGUGAUCUCUGCCCCAAAGCUUUCAAAGUAAAGGUGGAGCGCGACGACCAUCGGCGCACACACACUGGAGAGCGACCCUUCGCCUGCGCCGACUGCCACAAGACGUUCACGGCGGCUGCACGCUUGCGUGAACAUGCACGCAUCCAUACAGACCAAAGGCCUUAUCGCUGUGAUAUUUGCGGCGCGGCAUUCCGCAGGCCGUACGCGAGAACUGUUCACACCCUCAUCCACAGCGGCGAGAAGCCCCACAAGUGCGACAUUUGCGGCACAGCCUUUAGGAGAUCGGGUGACAUGUGGAAACACAAGAGAACUCUCCAUGGACUUCCUACAGUCACUAUGUGA